UCGCUUGGCCGCCGCCAGGGCUGGGCGAGGGGAGAGGCAAGAUGGCGGACAAGGCGCCCGGCGGCUCGCAGAAACCCGCCGGGAAGGUCAGAGGGCCAGAUGCAGUACAUACCACUGGAUCUGCUGAUUCACAUCCUUUAAUGGAAAGUAAACUUAAAGCAUUCAGUAUUGGCAAAAUGAGUGCUGCCAAACGGACUCUGAGCAAGAAGGAGCAAGAGGAAUUAAAAAAGAAGGAGGAUGAGAAGGCUGCUGCAGAAAUUUAUGAAGAAUUCCUUGCUGCCUUUGAAGGAGGUGAUGGUAAUAAAGUGAAAACAUUUGUAAGAGGAGGAAUCGUUAAUGCAUCUAAAGAGGAGCAUGAAACAGAUGAGAAACGGGGUAAAAUCUAUAAACCUUCGUCACGAUUCUCAGAUCAAAAAAAUCAACCAAGUCAGCCAUCCAAUGAGAAACCUCCAUCCCUCCUAAUGAUAGAAACCAAAAAGCCUACCCUCCCCAAAAACAAAAACAAACAAACAACUUUGCCUGGGGUGAGUAGGAAGUCCAGUUUUUCCAAAGCUGUAGUGUGUAACACAAAUAUUUUGUAUGUCUGCCUAUUGGAAACGUUUUCAUUUAAAUUUGAUUAUAUAAAAACAAUGUUGUUGAAGAUAAUAUUUCACAUGAGUUAGUUAAGGAACAUAUAUUACUGUUAAAAAAAAAGUAGUAUUGCAGUAUCCAUAUUCUUUGUCAUUCAAGAGUGUUUUUCCUGAGGAUCUUGUACUAUUUAGAGUAACUGUUUUUUCAGACUGUAUUUACAUCCAAAAGGAAGCAAGAGAAGGAAAUUCUUUUCAAGUAAAAUGUUUGUGGAUAAAAUAUUGAAUAUAUAUAUGUAAAAUAAUUUACAUAUAUAUGUGCACACAUCUAUCAAAUUCAUUAGAGCAUGAUGGUUUGCUAGGGGGGUAGUCAGCAUCUAGCUUCCAAAUGGAACAAAGUGACAAAAUACCUCACAGCUAUUUUAAAUGUGUAUGUAUUAGAGAGAGUGUUUGAUCAUGUGUGCUGCAUUGUGAGAAUGAGAAGUAACAAAGUUUAUUUUCAACUAUCCUUAAUUUUUUAUUUUCUAGCUUUGUGUUUGAUAGCGCUCAGUCUGAAUGUUUUGAGUCUGGUGGUUGUUUUGAUUUUUUUUGUUGUUUUUUCCUCCUGUAGUUACUUGGUUUGAAAGCUGUGGGUAAAAGAUGCAUGGAAAUUAUCUGAAGUUUUGUUAUAUUAUUUUUAAGUCUGUUCAUUUUGUCUUCUGAAAUGUUG